CUAGGAACAAAUUGUCAAUUAUCGCACAAAAUUCUCUCCAUGUAAGAAGGAAGUCAAUAAGUUGAAAGAAUCUAACACAGAAUUCACUUAAUGAGGAAAUGCCUUUGCAAUCAAAUAUCAGACAGAUGGUUACUGGAUUUUCAGAUACUGGGUCUAGUUUCUAGCUAUUUAACGAACUUUUAAACUAGGUAUCAAAAUUUUUAAGUGAGAUUGACAAGAUGCCUUCUUGAACCUAUUAUAACCAGAGUUGAACCUUGACAGAGUGGUGUAUUUUUUCAAGAAGAUUUUUGAGCCAGUACUUAAUCAAAUUAAAAAUUAUUUUGACUCUUUAUACUCCACAUUUGAAAAUAUUAUGUGUCUUGACAGUGUCGAAGGACCAGUUCUGAAGGUCAUCUAGAAAUGCUAUCAGAAUAAUUGGAAGAAAAUAUACUCAAAUGUGUGAUUAUACUGUCCAUAUGAGUAUCAUGAAGUCAAUCCAAAGUGAACUCAAACUUGUUGAUGGAGUUGAUGAGUUAGUUAAUGAGGAGAUCACUGAGUUAAUUUCCAAACUCAGCUUGGCACCAUUUAAAAUGCACAUCUGAGAUCCAUGACUAGUAUUUGAUUAGUCUAUCCCGAGCAUGUCUGUCUCCAAUAGCCCAGCCAAGAUGGACUCUAUGGAUAGGUUUAUCAAAAAUAGUCAGGAAAGUUUAGUAAUCUUACCUUCUGUGCACGAGACAACUAUUGAAAGAAAACCAGUGAUUAAACCGAAUAUUCUUCUAUCUUGACUACCAGCUCCCAUAAUCAUCAAGGAUAAGCCUUGGUCUAAUUAUUUUGUGCUAAUGAUAUAUUAAAGGACUUGUAAAAAAUCGUUUCCUUUCGAUUAGCAGAGCUCUCAAAUAAUUCAGUCGGUUGAUUAUACUGAUACCUGCAAUGAGAAAUUUCAUCAGUAUAGCACGGCUUUUUUCUGAGAAAAAAUCAAAAAAGUAACAACAAAAUUUUAUAUAGGAGAGUAUCCCAGAAUACAUAUUCUGUACCAUAUAAAUGAGGUAUUAAUUUAUCUAACCUGGGUUAGCAAUAAGGGAAUUCAGAGAAAAUAGAUUAUUAUUAUGAAUUUGUCCUUGGCUAUGUGUGGAUCAAAGACUGUUAUGAUAUUUAAUGAGCCAUAUCCAUGGAUUACUGUAAAAAUUGGAAAUAUAUUAGUUCUGUUGAUAAAGACUAGCAUUCCAAUUUCAUUAAGUGUUAUUCAAAUACUUUACUCC